AUGCGUUCACUCAGCGCUCAAAAUCACUUCAAAUGCUCUGAGCAGAAGCCUCUUUCUCGGGCAUCCGGGCCCUCUCAAUCAUCGCAGACAACGCUCAAUUUUGGCUUUUCAAAGGAGCAUCAUGACCACAUCUGUCGCCUUUAUGCCCGCGCGAUCUUGGAGUCCGAAAUGCCGCUGUCAGCCUUUGACCAUCCUGCAUGGAAGGCCCUUCUCCGGGAUAUCAAUCCUGCCUGGAAACCGCCUACUCGUCGAGAAAUGCAAGAGAUCUGGCUGCCAGCGGUUCACGAAGAGAUCAAGGCGAAGGUCGAUCCAAUCAUUGACGCGAACAAGCAACUCACGGUCACGUUGCAGCUCACAGUCACGACGGAUGAAUUCCAUUGA